CGAGUGCCGGACCCCGUCCGCCAUCCACAUUGCGCUAACAGAGUCGCCGUCCUUCGAUCCCACUGGUAACUUCACUUAUCAAGUAGGGCCGGUACGUUCGAAUCGGCGCAAAAUGUGCGGCAUUCUCGGUCUUAUUCUCGCCGACUCGGCGAGCGCCGACGCCGCGGUCGACCUGCACGAGAGCCUGUAUUAUCUCCAGCACCGCGGCCAAGAUGCCUGCGGCAUUGCGACCUGCGGGACGGGCGGCAGGAUAUUCCAGUGCAAAGGGAAUGGCAUGGCGUCAAAGGUGUUCCAAGACGGGAAGCGCGUCGCCGACCUCCCGGGGUUCAUGGGCAUCGCACAUCUGCGAUAUCCGACUGCGGGGACGAGCUCGAGUGCCGAGAGCCAGCCUUUCUACGUCAAUUCACCGUACGGCCUCUGCUUCGCGCACAAUGGCAACCUGAUCAACGCCCCCGACCUGCGCAGCUUCCUCGACAAAGAAGCUCACCGCCAUGUGAACACAGACUCUGACAGCGAAGUGAUGCUCAAUGUCUUCGCCAAUGCGCUGAACGAGACCGGCAAGGCGCGGGUCAAUGUCGAUGACAUUUUCAGCGCCUUGACGCAGACAUAUCAGAGGUGCCAGGGGGCAUGGGCCGUCACUGCCAUGGUUGCCGGCUUCGGCAUCUUGGCCUUCCGCGAUUCAUUCGGGAUCCGCCCGCUCAUCAUGGGAAGCCGGCCGUCCACUACGGUCGAAGGCGGAACCGACUACAUGCUUGCGUCGGAGAGUAUUGCCCUCCGGCAGCUGGGCUUCCGGAAUUUUCAGGACAUCCUGCCCGGCCAGGCCGUUUUCAUCCAGAAGGGGGGAAAGCCGCAGUUUCACCAGGUCACUGAGGUCAAGACAUACUCGCCCGAUAUCUUUGAGUAUGUAUACUUUGCCAGGCCGGACACGGUAAUGGACGGUAUCUCUGUCAAUACCAGCAGACAAAACAUGGGCGUCAAGCUGGCCGACAAGAUCAGGGAGGUUCUGGGCGAGGAGGGAAUCAAGGAAAUUGAUGUUAUCAUCCCGGUUCCCGAAACCAGCAACACAGCGGCCGCCGUCGUGUCAGAGCGCCUCGGCAAGCCGUUUUCCAACGGCUUCAUCAAAAAUCGCUACGUGUACCGGACCUUCAUCCUGCCCGGCCAGAAGGCGCGGCAGAAGAGUGUGAGGAGAAAGCUGAGUGCCAUGGAGUCCGAGUUCAAUGGGCGCGUUGUCUGCCUUGUCGAUGACUCGAUUGUUCGCGGAACCACAAGCAGGGAGAUUGUGAGCAUGGCGCGCGAAGCGGGAGCACGCAAGGUAAUAUUCGCAAGCUGUGCUCCCCCGAUCAAGCAUCCUCAUAUUUAUGGCAUCGACCUCGCAACCCCCCAGGAGUUGAUCGCGCACGAGAAGACGAGGCAAGACAUUGCCAAACACAUCAAUGCCGACGACGUCAUCUACCAGGACCUUGACGAUUUGAAAGCGGCGUGCAUGGAGGCGGCACCUGCAGGCAAGGUUACUGACUUCGAGGUCGGCGUUUUCUGCGGAAAGUACAAGACCGAAGUACCGGAAGGUUACUUUGAGCACCUGAACGAGGUUCGGGGCAAGAAGAGAAAGAUUGCGGAAGAGGCGGGGACGCAGACCGCGGUUGGGAACAGCGGUGCCGUCAACGUGGGGAAACGUACGCUCGCGGACGGCUCCUUCAACUUGGAGCUCAGGGACCAGGGCGGGCUCAACGGCGAGGAAAAGCGCCUUCCACAGCUGAGCCCGGAGAUUCGCGAAGAUAUCAGCAUACACAACUUUGCGAGUGAUCCUUCUCAUCGGUAGUAGUAGAAGUAGACACAUAGCGUCAGCUGUAACAUCUUUGGCAAGGCAAGCUUGCCAAAGUAGUCUCAAAUAUGCUCAAAAAGAUAGACGGCAUAGAACCAGAUGUCCGAUUUACGACUAGAAGUGGUUCAUCAGAAGAGUGGACGGGUCAUUAAGCCGGGCGGAUUCUUGAUUUGUUGCAUCAGGACAUUGUAAAUGACUUGACAGAGUUAAAAUCAACCGAAUAUUACAUCCACGACGAUCGGCGGGAUGAUAGUGAA